GGUCACGAUAUUCUUGUACACUUUUAUACGCGAUUGUAUGUUUGCUGAAACGUGUCUACUAAAUCAAUGUAAUUUUAGAAGAAUAUUUAAAGAAGGUAAACCGUGUUUAAUCGGAUUUAUUUGAACAUGUCGAUUGAUCCUCCCCUGUCGGGUGAAUGGGAGUGUCUGUAGAGACACGAGGAAACGGUAGUGCAGUACCAGUUAAUUGUACCGGUGUUCGGGAACGGACGGGGUGUAAAGUGAGAUAUUUCCGUUCACACGGUGUUUUAGUGAUUAAAGUCAACCGGUGUCUUGUUUAGCGGAUAUUAAUCUACAUGGUUAGCUGGUGUUGUGUGUUAGCUGAGUUAUAAUGUUUCCGGUAAAGCGGUGCUCUUCGCUCAUACAGAGGGAUCUGGCCGCGCUUUGCCUCUCAUCACUGGGAUCUGCUCAGAAACAACCCGCUUCCGAGAAGCACGCGCUCUCUCCGCGUUUCCUACACGCCGGGAGCCACUGUGGAGAGUCCUGUACCGGGCCCAGGGAGCUCCACACCAGCCGGUCAUCUCCAUCAUUACAGGCGUGUCAGAUGGGCAGCAGCAGCGUCAGAUUCUUCAGUUCUCUGGCUCAGUCCCUGAGCAGCGCGCCGCUGGAGCACACACACACCGACGCUGAGGAGUGUGAGCCGGAGCCGGUCGACCCCGAGACGCUCCUGCGCCAGUGUGAGGAGGUUCUGAGGAAACGACCGCCGCGGCCAAACCGAGAAUUCAUCAGAACCAGAACCAGCGCCACACACGAGCCGCAGAUCCGCGUCAUGCAGUGGAACAUUCUAGCACAAGCUCUGGGCGAGGGCAAGGACGGCUUCGUGCGCUGCCCGAUGGAGGCGUUGGUCUGGUCCGAGAGGAAGUACCUGAUCCUGGAGGAGAUCCUGACCUACAGACCAGACAUCGUGUGUCUGCAGGAGGUGGACCACUACUACGACACCUUCCAGCCCAUGAUGUCCAGCCUGGGCUACCAGAGCAGCUUCUGCCCCAAGCCGUGCUCUCCGUGCCUGGACGUCUGCGGCAACAACGGCCCCGACGGCUGCGCCCUGUUCUUCAGCCGUGAGCGUUUCCGUCUGCUCCACGUCAACCACCUGCGUCUCUCCGCCAUGGCGCUCAAGACCAACCAGGUGGCCGUCGUGGCUACGCUACAGUGCCAGGUCACGGGGCGAGUCUUCUGCGUCGCCGUGACGCACCUGAAAGCGAGGAGCGGCUGGGAGACCUUCCGUGGCGCCCAGGGUGCCAAUCUUCUCCAGCAGCUGAAGGCCAUCUUGAGCGCGCAGCAGGACGAAAACGUUCCUUUGUUCGUGUGCGGAGAUUUCAACGCCGAGCCGGGUGAAGAGGUGUACCGCCGCUUUAUGAACUCUCCGCUCGGCCUCGAUAGCGCGUACAGGACGCUGAGCUCUGCCGAGCCGUCCUACACCACCUGGAAGAUCCGUCCGAGCGGAGAGAGCUGCACGACGCUCGAUUACGUCUGGUUCUCGCGCCACGGCUUCAGCGUAGACGGCGUCCUGAGCAUGCCCAGCGAGGAGCAGAUCGGCCCGGACCGCCUUCCCUCCUACCACUAUCCUUCUGAUCAUCUCUCGCUCGUCUGCGACUUCAGCUUCAUCCAGGAGCCCCACAGACUCAUGUGACUGUCCAUCAGAACGUAGCCAGCGCUCCACGUGGAACAUUCCAGAACCUUUUCCUGACCACUGAAGCAGGAAACGGCUGUUCAAGUACCUCGACUCUCACGAGUUCCUCACGCGCAUCGUCCUCUUCACUUUGUUUCUGUUCUGCACAAGAGUACUUUAAUUUAUUAUAUUGUUGUGAUCUCAGGACAGAUGUUCCAGAUGAUGUUGAUGGUACCGUUACUUUAAUUGUAUGCCAUAAUUUAUUAUUAUAAGAAUGUAUUAUUUCACACGCACAUGUUUAUUCUUCUAACGAGUUAUAACCAUGACCUUAAUAAAAUAAUUUCAUUUCUUCAA